AUGCAAUUCUUACUACUGAUUCUACUAGUUUCAUGUGCUUUUGGAUACGUGUUCGAUUGCUUGGAUAGGUGCGAGUGUGACACUGACGACGAAGUGGUUCAUUGUCAUAAUGGAGAACGCACACAUUUAACUUUACCCACAGGCCAACGCCUUCGUGGUUUUCCAGUCAUCGGUAUGACCUACAAUAAUAUUGUAAACCUUCCCGAUGAGAAAUUACUGCUAAACAAGUUUCCUGACCUCAAGGUGAUAGAUGUCGAGCGAAAUCCCAAUUUCAACUGCAGCUCACUGAGUCAGUACGAUCAAAUAAAGAUCGUCUCCGAUGCAAUAAGAAUAUCUCAGAAAUCAGUCGGGAGCCGAGAAUAUUACGACCGACAAAGGAUUGGACUUGCUGCCAGCGAACGAACAUUACUACGAAGCCCCUCCACAAUAAUGUUUCACCGUGUCAAUCAUGAAGCAGAAAUAUAUGAAGAUUUCAAUUUAGACGACACUCUCCGUCAAUUGCAAGAGUUCUUCAAAAUGGUCGCGAAUCGUGUAAACCAGAUGGGUACGAAGAUUCAAGUGACCUUGAAAGAAAAACUAGCGGAUACCGAAGAUGGAGCGGAGAUGACACCAAUGCCAGAAUUGAAAGAAGUUGACCUUAAUAAAUUGUAG